AUGUCCUCUCACACUGUUGCAGUUUUAGGAGGCAGUUUCGAUCCUCCUCAUGUAGGUCAUACUCAAUUAGCUGACGCACUUCAGCCACAUUUUAAUGAGGUUUGAAUAAUUCCAUGUGGAGACCGAUCAGAUAAACAUACAAUGAGCCCAGCUACCCUCAGAUACCAAAUGGCUUCAAUUGCUUAUAAAAAUUAUCAAGUCCUUGAUAUUGAAGCUCAAAAUGGCUCUAUGAUUCCUUCCUAUUUUCUUAUGAAAAGACUUGAAUCAAUUUAUCCAAAUAAAACAUUGAAGCUUGUAAUUGGGUCUGAUUUACUAUCAACUUUGCAUAGCUGGGAUGAGCCUGAACGAUUAGUCUCUGAAAUUAAUUUUGCUGUUUUAGCAAGAAAAGGAUUUACAAUUUCAGAGGAAAUUGAAAACGAAUUUAGAAGCAAGCCAAAUUUCCAAUUUUUACCUGAUUUAAACAUAAUUGAGAUGUCAUCGACUGAAGUGAGGAAUGCAAUAAAAAAUGCUAGAAAAGAAGCAGAAAGCAAAGAAGAAUUAAGAGAAAAAAUAGCCCACUAAGGAGCCAUUCUUGGUCUGCCAGAAAAAAUUUGACAAAAAGAUCUUAAUCUGCCAUUACCACUGAGUUUUGGGUGUUUUCCAAUUUUUUGGGCAAGCCAAAUGCAAUAAAAAAAAUUGUUCUUUUGCGAUGAUGCAUUUGGCUUGUCAAAAAAAUUUGGCAACAUCAAAACUCAAUGGUAAUGGCAGAAAAGAUCCUAACUGCCAUUACCACUGAGUUUUGGUGUUUCCAAAUUUUUUUGACAAGCUAAAUGCAUCAUCGCAAAAGAACAAUUUUUUUUAUUGCAUUUGGCUUGCCCAAAAAAUUGGAAACACCAAAACUCAGUGGUAAUGGCAGAUUAGGAUCUUUUGUCAAAUUUUUUUCUGGCAGACCAAGAAUGGCUCCUUAGUGGGCUAUUCUUGGUCAAUUAGUAUAGCUGACUCCCCCCCUCCGUGAGUGAACAAAAAAAUUUUGUUCACUCACAAUGGGGGGUUAAUUUUUUUUUUUUAAAAAAUUUAUAUUUAAAAAUUUUAUAGAAAAUAUUUUUUUCGAAAUUUAAAAAAAAUCCUAAUUUGCAAAAAUUGGAAAACAAAUAUUAAUUUAAUUUAUAAAAUUUAUAUUUUUAAAAAGCAAUUCGUUUAAAAUUAAACAGAAUUAGCUCUUGAUUUCAUUAUACUAAUUAUCACUUAUAUAUCAAAUUUUUUUUCUAUAAAAAAAUUUUUCUAUUAAAAAAAUUUUUGUUCACUCACGGAGGGUGGGUUUUUGGGCAAAAAAUAGGGAUUUUUCUAAUGGUUUUGUUCACUCACGGAGGGGGGGAGUGAGAUUGGUUUUAUAAGUGGAGAAAUUAUCGAUAUAAUAAUUAAUAAUAACCUUUACGCAUAA